AUGCUCCUCACCGAAGCCUCCUCCCACCACGCCGUGCUCCUACUGCCCGAGCCCAAUGACCCCAAUGCCUCAUUGCUCUCCGCCUCUGAGCUCCACCGCCACUUCAAGUUGCUCAUCAAGGCCCUCCGCGUCGGCCCCGACUAUGCCAUCGACUACCCCUCCUCCGCCAACGUCGCCGAGGAGGCGCUCUGUCACGCCAUCAAGGCCUAUGAUGCACUCACCGCCCUGCUGCUCGGGACCUUUUGGACUGCCUACGCCGGAUGCCGCCUCUUCCACAAGUUCGAGCGCAAGUAUGCAGAAUACCGCCUCAUCUGCCCCUCCUGUCACCGUACAUUCCUCGCUGUCGAGGUCCCACCUUUGCCCUAG